GGUCUGGUGUGGUCCAGACAGUCGCUCCUUGUGUUCAUCACACUAUCGCAGCUUUUGCGCAUCGUUGGAGAGAUGUCUGGCUGUCGAGCGAGAAAUAGCUGAUUUCCCCUAAAACUGAGAUUCCCCCGGCACUUUUCUUUCGCCACUCUACUCUUCUCUCCCAAACCCCCCAGAGUGGCUGUGACGCUUCAUGGCUCUUUUCCGUGCGAAGAGAGAAGCGCUCCGAGGGAGACGGGAGAAGCAGGCGACUGUGAUUCCAGGGGACGCGGCGCAACAUGAGGAGAAUUCACUUGCCAUCGAGGUAGGAGCCGGCGUGGACCGCAGCAUCUAAAUGAAGUGGUUGAGCCAUGCAAUGUUCCUGGAAGGCAGUGAUUCUGCUGGCGCUGGCCUCCAUUGCCAUCCAGUACACGGCCAUCCGCACGCUCACCUCCAAGCCUUUUCAACUUUGCCCUCUGCCCAGCCCCCAAAACUGUGGACUCGGGGGUCAGGAGACAGAGCCUCCCUAUGAGCGUGGAGGAUGCGAGGACUAUCCCUACUUCUCGAUCAAUGCUACCCGAAAAACACACGUCCUUGUCUUGGCGACCACUCGCAGUGGCUCCUCCUUCGUAGGUCAACUUCUCAACCAGCACCAGGAAGUUUUCUACCUAUUUGAACCUCUGUACCACGUCCAGACCACGUUGAUUCCACGCCUGUCCCACAGCCGCUAUGCUGCUGACAGGCGCGUUAUGCUGGGGGCAAGUCGGGAUCUGCUGCGGAGCCUCUAUGGGUGUGAUCUCUACUUUCUGGAGAGCUACAUCAAGCCGCCGCCCUCUAAUCACACCACAGAUAAACUUUUCCGUCGCGGCGCGAGUAGAGCGUUGUGCCAGCAGCCUGUCUGUGAUGCCUUCAGUCCUGCUGAUGUAAAUGUGGAAGAAGGGGACUGUGUGAAGAAAUGCACCUCUCUAAACAUGACCUUGGCAAUGGAGGCAUGUCGGGAAAAGCGGCUCGUGGCCAUGAAGAUAGUGCGUGUGCCUGAGAUCGGCGAUCUCAGAGCUUUGGUGGAAGACCCGCGACUCAACAUCAAAGUGAUUCAACUGGUCAGAGACCCCCGUGGGAUCUUGUCAUCGCGGAUUGAGACUUUCAGGGAUACUUAUCGGCUUUGGCGAAUAUGGCGAGCGACGGGACGAAGGCCAUAUAAUCUAGAUUUAAGCCAGCUAACAAUCGUCUGCGAGGACUUUCUUAGCUCCGUCUCUACUGGACUCAGUCAUCCGUUCUGGUUGAAAGGGAAAUACAUGUUGGUCCGCUAUGAGGAUUUGGCCAGGAAUCCUCUUCAAAAGACGAAGGAAAUCUACGACUACAUCGGGCUGCCUUUGGAUAAGAAUGUGGAGGAUUGGAUUCAGGCGAACACACGGGGCAGCAACGAACCAUCUGCCAAACACAAGUUCGGAACAGUCAGGGACUCAGCGGCGAAUGCGGAGAGCUGGCGUUUAAAACUUUCAUAUGAAAUGGUGGAAUACACACAGACAGUGUGCCACAAAGUUCUACGUCAGCUGGGGUAUAAGUCUGUGAGAUCGGUGGAUGAGCUGAAAAACAUGUCCCUGUCGCUCGUGCAGGAUCGAACUUUUGUACCAUUUUUGUAACAGAGAAAGCUCUCUAAUGACUAUUUUUGAUAUAUUUAUAAUUGUUGCCUUAUGAUUUCCAUGGUUUAUCAUUUUGUGAUUCUGUUUCUUGAUACUUGCACUAAAGAGUCUAAAUGCACCAUGGGAUUUCAGGAUGAUCCCCAAAAUGUUACAAAACAGCACACACGAUUGAGCGUAUUUACAAACGCCUUGUUAGCAUUUCCUUUCCAUUUCUGCAAAAAGAAGCAACUCUGUUUCAAGACGAUUGUCAAGGCAUGAUUUUCUUAUUUUUCUUUUAACCCUGUCAAGGAAUUUGGACUGUAAAAGCCCAGCUGUGCAAUAAAUAGUGAAUGUUGCAGUCAA